UAAUUGAAAGUUUUUUAUAUUUUUUUUAUUAAAGUAUUCUGUUAAUUUCGUUGAUAAUAAAUUAAUAAAAAGUGCGCGAAAAUGUCUGCAUCUCCUCUGGAACGAUUGUCAAAAACGGAAACCAUCGAGUUGAGGGACAAACAUAUUGGAAAAUCCUGCCAACUGUUCUUCCGGGAGGAUCCUCUGAAGAUUGUAAGAGGCGAGGGUCAAUACAUGUACGACGAGACUGGCACAAAGUACUUGGACUGCAUCAAUAAUGUAGCACACGUUGGUCACUGCCACCCAAAAGUAGUAGCAGCCGGCGUUCGCCAAAUGUCCCUGCUCUACACCAACAACCGCUUCCUUCACGACGAGCUGGUGAUCCUGGCUCGCAGGAUUUCCUCUCUUUUGCCAGAACCCCUGAGCGUCUGCUACCUCGUCAAUUCAGGAUCGGAGGCUAACGAUUUGGCUCUCAGGUUGGCAAGGAUCCACACAGGAAACAAGGAUGUCAUCACGCUGCAACACGCUUACCAUGGACACCUGACCAGCACCAUUGACAUGUCACCGUACAAAUUCGAUUUGCCAGGCGCUCCGCCCAAACCUGAUCACGUACACGUGGCGCCAUGUCCUGAUGUGUAUCGCGGCAUCUACCGCAAGAGCGACCUGCCCGAGGGCUCCGAUCUUGGUAAAAUGUACGGAGACAGCGUUGGCCAAAUUUGCGAAGAAGUUUGCGAAAAAUUGAGAGGUACAACUGAUAGUAAAAAUAAAGUUCCCAAUGGAUACACUAAUGGAGUCGAAAAAACUAAUGGUGAAGCAAAAGUUGCUCCUAAAAAAGGCGAGGGAGUGUGCGCUUUCUUUGCCGAGAGUUUGAUCAGUUGCGGAGGACAGGUUGUGCUUCCUCCUGGGUAUCUUGAGACGGCUUAUAAGCACGUUCGUGCUGCAGGUGGUGUUUGCGUGGCUGAUGAAGUCCAGGUCGGUUUUGGACGAACUGGCAAAUGGUGGGCGUUUGAGCAUCAAACAAAUUCCUCAGAUAAGUCAAGUGUUUGUCCUGACAUUGUCACAAUGGGCAAACCAAUGGGCAAUGGUCAUCCUGUUGCCGCAGUCGUCGUAACUCAAGAAAUCGCAAAAAGUUUCCAAGACACAGGAGUGGGAUAUUUCAACACGUAUGGAGGAAAUCCUGUUUCCUGUGCCAUUGCCAAUGCAGUUCUGGACGUUUUGGAAGAAACUGAUGUUUUAUCCCAUGCAAAGAAACUUGGUGAAAUUUUAAUACAAGGCGGAGAAAAACUUAUGCAAAGGCAUCCACUUAUUGGUGAUGUCAGGGGUGAAGGACUUUUUGUAGGAUAUGAAAUGGUUGAAGAUAGAGUUACAAAGGUACCAGCUAGUGAAAAAGCUAAAUGGAUUGUAAGCAGGAUUCGAGAAAAGAAUCACAUGCUUCUGAGUACUGAUGGACCCGAUGGCAAUGUCAUAAAAGUGAAACCUCCAAUGGUAUUCACCGAACAAAAUUGUUUUGAACUUUUGCAAGCAAUGGAUGAAUUAUUGUGCGAAUUGGAAACAUUGGAGACAGAUAAGAAUCGCACAACGACUACAAAUGCCAAACUUCAAGGUGCAAUCAGCCAAACCACAACGAACUUGGCAACAUGUCACGUGACCACAGUACCUUCGAAGUCAAAACGAGAUCUCAUCAAAUCAAUUUGAGCGUUCGUGGUGAUAUUUUAUACAUAUUUAUAAGAAAAUAGAUUCUAGUUUAUUAUUAGUAAUAUUAUAUAUUGCAAUAGUUGUCGUGUAAAUCGUAAUGACACUCAGAAAAGGUAUUAUAAUGGUUCUUUGUGAAGGAAGGAUAAACGACAUUUUUGACAGUUGAUUUGUUCAAGUAAGUGAUUAGUAUUUAAAUAGUUUUAUUUUUAUUCAAAAUUAAGCAAAACCAAUAAUGCCUCAGAAUAGUUACUGGUUGUAAAUGUAAGUACGCUUUUAUAAAGUGCAUAUCUGCAGAAGUUUUAUAUUUUUUUUAUUAUUAAAAUUUUAUGUUAGGUCAGGUUAGAUUAGGUUUAUUUGAACAGAUUUUGAAUU